GCCCCAGUAGCAGAGAUGAUCCUGAUGCUGCUGCUUGGCCUUGGGGGGCACCUAGUAUGGGGGCUGCUGGGGGCCUGUGCCCAGGCUCCUGGUGCCAGGUUCUCUGGCCCACACAUCCCCAGGCAGCCUGAGGUCUGGGGUGCAGAGGCUGAGGACACCAACAAGGACCCCAACAGACGUAAUUGGUGCCCCUACCAGAAGUCCAGGCUGGUCACCUUUGUAGCUGCUUGCAAAACAGAGACAUUCCACGUCCACUCACAGCAGCCGUGUCUGCAGGGGGCUCCUGACUGCCACAAAGUCAAAGUCAUGUACCGCAUGGCCUUCAAGCCGGUGUAUGAGGUCAGGCAGAAGGUGCUGACCUCCGUGGCCUGGAGGUGCUGCCCGGGCUACGUGGGCCCCGACUGCCAGCACCACGAUCCCACAGCAGUCCCUGAACGUGCAGAUCUGCGUGACGGUCUCCAGGAGCCUUGGGAAGGGCCAGUCAGCUCUGGACCUGGCCACCCAGUUGCAGAGAUCAGCAAGGUAGCGGUGCAGCAGGAACACCGGCUGGGAGAGCUCCAGAAUGACCUUCACCAGGUGACCAGCAGCUUCCCAGGCCUAGGGAUGGCCCCGGCGAGUAACCUCACAGUGGCCACAAUGGAAGCAAAUCAAACUGAGCUUGAGUUGUCUGGCAGAUCCCUGGAGCAAGUGCUGCUGCCCCACGUGGAGGCCUUUCUGCAAGUGCACUUCAGCCCCAUCUGGAGGAGUUUCAACGAAAGCCUGCACAACCUUUCCCAGGCCAUAAGGAGCCUGUCUCUUGACGUGGGGGCCAAUCGCCAGGCCAUCCAGAGGGUCCAGGAGGGCUCUGUGGCCAGGGCAGUCUUCCAGGAACUCAGUGCCAAAUUUGAGAGCAAGGUGCAGGGGAAUGCCCAGAGAAUGGGCCAGCUACAGCAGGACGUGGAAGCCCGCCUGCACGCCCAGCACCUCUCCCUGAACCGCUCCAUCCAGGAGGUCCAGGCCAAUAUGAACGCCAAACUGAAACGGCUCCACAAGGCCCAGGAGCUUCCGGGUGCGGGUGGCAGCCUGGCGGUAGUGGCUGAGGCAGGGGCGGGGGCAAGGCCGGAGCCAGAGAGCCUGCAGGCCAGGCUGGGGCAGCUGCAGAGGAACCUCUCCGCCCUGUAUCUGGCCGCAGGCCGCAGGGAAGAGGAGCUGCAGAGCGCCCUGACCGACAUCAGGGCAACCCUGGCCGGGCACGUGGAGGAGAUCCAGGAGCUGUACUCAGAAUCCGAUGACAUCUUCGCUCGGAUCAACAAUGUGGGGCGGCAGGUGAAGGAACUGCAAGUGAACCACACGGGGCUGCGUGAGCUCCGGGUGAUCCUGAUGGAGAAGUCGCUGAUCAUGGAGGAGAACAAGGAGGAGAUGGAGCGGCACCUUCUGGAACUCAACCUCACCCUUCAGCACCUGCAGGCUGGCCAUGCUGACCUCAUCAAGUAUGUUAAGGACUGCAAUUGCCAGAAACUCUCCUUGGACCUGGACGUCAUCCAGGAGGGCCAGCGGGACACCACCCGGGCCCUGGAGGAGACCCAGGAGAACCCGGAGGAGCGGCGGCAGCUUGACGGCCCGGAUGUGCGCGCCCUGAGGGCCGCGGUGGAGGACCUCUCGCUGGCGGUGGACGCGCAGCGGGCCGAGGGCGAGCGGGCGCGGGCCGACACUGCCAGGCUGCGCAGCCAGCUGCACGCGCUGCUCCGCGAGGUGGCCGCGCUGCAAGCGGCCGAGGGGCUGGCCCGCCGCCAACUCGGCCAACUCAACAGCUCGUUUGAGGCGCUGCUGGAGGACGCGCUGCGGCACGAGGCCGUCCUGGCUGCGCUCUUCGGGGAGGAGAUGAUGGAGGAGAUGUCGGAGGAGUCGCCGGGCCCGCUGCCCCUGCGCUACGAGCAGAUCCGGCUGGGCAUGCAGGAGGCUGCGAGUGGGCUGCGCGAGCAGGCGCUCGGCUGGGCCGCCCUGGCCUCGCGGGUGAGCGUCCUGGAGCUGCAGGCGGGCGGCUGGCAGGGCCGGGCUGGGUCCGGGACGGAGCACCUGGAGCCCAGCCACGAGGAGCGGCGCGAGGAGGGCCCUGGCCCCGGCCUCAGGGACCUGGCUGGGCUGAAGGAGGAACUCCAGCGCCUGGGUGCCCAGGUCCAGCUGGCAGAACGGUGCUGCGAGGCCUCCUGGGCGGCCGCCCUCAACGACUCUCUCGAGGGCCUGCAGGACGCGAUCUCUACCACCCAGCAGGGCUUGGAGCGGCACCAGAUGCUCUUCCACAGCCUUUUUGGGAACUCCCAAGGGCUCGUGGCAGCCAACGUCAGCAUAGACCUGGUGAAGCUGCAGGCCAUGCUGAACAGGAAAGGGAAGAAGCAGCAUAGAGGCCUGGAAGCUCCCCGGACGCGGGACAAGAAGCAGGCGGAGCGUUGGGCAGACACCCCAGGCAAAGGCCGGACAGCAGAGCUGAUGGAGGCAGGCUCCCCUGUGGCCUUCUAUGCCAGCUGUUCAGAAGGGACAACGGCUCUGCAGACUGUGAAGUUCAACACCACUUACAUCAACAUUGGCAGCAACUACUUCCCUGAACACGGCUACUUCCGAGCCCCUGAGCGUGGAGUCUACUUUUUUGCAGUGAGCAUUGAAUUUGGUCCAGGGCCAGGCACCGGGCAGCUGGUGUUUGGAGGUCACCAUCGGACCCCAGUCUAUACCACUGGGGGGCAGAGGGGUGGAAACGUAGCAACGACCUUUGCUAUGGCUGAGCUGCAAAAGGGUGAGAGAGUGUGGUUUGAGUUAACCCAGGGAUUGGUGACAAAAAGAAGCCUGCCAGGCUCUACAUUUGGGGGCUUUCUGAUCUUCAAGACCUGA